CUGUGUUGUUUAGUAAUUGGUAUCUAUAACUGCUAUCAAGGUGCAUAUUCAAACAAUGAAGCGAUCAGUAAGUUAAUAAAAUAUGAAUUUCAGGUUUUAGGCGAAAUCAACAACAAAUUGAACGCUGUUAAUGAUGAGCUCAAUGCGAGAAUGAAUACUGGACCACAAAACAAUAUGUCUGCAGUCGGUAACGGUAAUUCAGCGAGUGCGGCUUUGAAUUCAACGCAUCAAGCGCAAUAUUGUGGACCAUAUAAACUCGAGAAAACACUCGGCAAAGGACAAACGGGUGAGCUUCUUUCUCUUUAUUAUUCAGCAUAUGUCAUUGUCACAACCGUUCAUCUCAUAAGUCGUCUUUACGGUCUCGUCAAAACGGGAACACACUGCAUAACGGGCAGAAAAGUGGCCAUUAAAAUUGUUAAUAAAGAGAAACUUAGCGAAUCUGUAUUACAGAAGGUGGAACGAGAGAUUGCAAUAAUGAAAUUAAUUGAGCAUCCACACGUUUUGCAUCUGUACGAUGUUUAUGAAAACAAGAAAUAUUUAUAUUUAUUGUUGGAACAUGUUAGCGGUGGUGAAUUGUUCGAUUAUUUGGUGCGAAAAGGUCGUUUAAUGGCCAAAGAAGCACGAAAAUUCUUUCGUCAGAUCAUUUCCGCACUCGAUUUCUGUCAUGCGCAUAAUAUCUGCCAUCGUGAUUUGAAGCCUGAGAAUUUAUUACUGGAUGAAAGGAAUAACAUUAAAGUUGCCGACUUCGGUAUGGCUUCGUUGCAAGUUGAAGGGUCUAUGCUGGAAACUAGCUGUGGAUCUCCUCAUUACGCGUGUCCAGAAGUUAUACGAGGUGAAAAGUACGAUGGCAGGAAAGCGGACGUAUGGUCAUGUGGAGUUAUUUUGUACGCAUUACUCGUUGGUGCUUUACCGUUCGACGAUGAUAAUUUGCGUAAUCUGUUGGAAAAAGUGAAAAAAGGUGUUUUCCAUAUACCGCAUUUUGUUCCAGCCGAUUGUCAAAAUCUUUUAAGGUCAAUGAUCGAAGUUGAUCCUCAGAAAAGGUAUUCGCUGGCCGACGUUUUCAGACAUCCAUGGGUAGCUGGCAAUUCGAAAGGUGAGCCAGAACUCGAACUUCCAAUGGCCCAAGUAGUACAGACUCAUGUGAUACCGAAUGAAGAGAACAUCGAUCCAGAUGUGUUUCGCCAUAUGACGAAUUUGGGCUGCUUUAAAGACAAAGAAAAACUCGUCAGGGAACUCCUCUCACCCAGGCAUAAUACCGAGAAAAUGGUCUACUUCCUGCUGCUCGAUCGUAAAAGGAGGCGACCUGCACAUGAAGAUGAAACUGAGGUCGUUUUACGAGGUGCCAAUCAUACACUGGAUCCACCAAGGAAAAGAUUAGAUUCAGCAAGGCCAACUCGCUAUCCAGUUGGAUCAAUAAGUGAAGGCUCUCCGAUCAAUCCAAGGAAAACAUACGGGCUAGUUGUUCAUAUUUUUGAUGUUAUUUAUUCAAUCAAAUAUUACAGGCGAUAUAGUAGGGGACGACAUAGUUCUCUGGGUGGGUCGCCAAAUGGAUCGCCAAGAUCAUCACCUCGAGAACCAUUCGCUUCAAUGAAUUCUUCCACGAAUGCACUCAUCGCAACUGCUCGUCAAGCCAAUAACACCUCAUCUAUGCCAACACCGUCGAAUGAUGAACGCUCAAGGUCAGGCACUCGAGCGAACAAUUAUCAUUAUUAUACACAGCCAGUUGAUGCCGAAACACUCGCCGCGGCAGCUAGGCACCUACGAGCGUCUAGGGAGCAUCAUAAACAGGCCUCAUCACAAAGUAGUUCGCAUCAUAUUCGAACGCCAACGAACCAAAUUGCUGACUCGGCGGUCAGCUCACCUGGCAUGGGUUCUACAACGUCCUCGACGAAUAGCCUUGUCGCCGGAAACGUAAACAUACUCGGUGGCACUGGUACGGCUGGUGGUGGGUCGUCUGGACCGUGGCGUUCGAAGUUAUCCAAUAUCAAGAAUUCAUUCCUUGGAACACCCCGUUUCCAUCGAAGGAAAAUGAGCAAUACAAGUGGUUGCGCUGAAAGUGAUUCUGAAGACAGUCAAAUGCUCGAUACAUCCGAGUCAGCAUUAGUUGUCAUUCCCUUCUGUUCUGCUUUUCUGGUAAAGAAAUCAUGGUUUGGAUCGUUAACGUCAAGUAUGAGUGUUGAACGUGACGAUUCACAUUGCGUGCCAGUUCAAGGCAAAUCCCUCAACGGCAUUAAAGCUGAACUCAUUCGUGCUUUUCUUACGAUCCAUGAACUAAGUCAUUCAGUGGUUGGCCAAAAUUCGUUCCGGGUAGAAUAUAAGCGUGGUCCUACGGUUGGUGGCAGUGUUUUUUCGCGUGGUGUAAAGAUGCAGGUUGAUAUAGUGGUAUCGCCUCAUGCCGCUAUAUCCGCAGGCGAAGCGCCCAUGUAUGUGGUACAAUUCACCCUCCUCGCCGGUCCUGUGCGCCGUUUUAGGCGACUUGUUGAUCAUUUGUCGGCAAUUCUUCAAAAUUCUCAACAAAGAGCUGACAGAGCCCAGCAAGCCGCAAUGAUGGUUCGGCCGCGGCGGUUAUCAGAUUCGAGCGUUAGCAGUGCUUGCUCAGAUACGGAUUCUAAUACUGGCACAACCGCUCUACCGCACGUCAGAAGUCAAACGGAUCGAGUAGAAACGAGUCCUGGUAUUGAACCAUAUACGUUACGAUCAAGUGGUGAUGUGCGUCACUUAUCACAGCCUAAUGCAACAGUAGUAUCACUUCGUAACACUCCAAGGGGGAAUCCAACCACUGCAGUUUACUUCAAAUCUGCACAUACACAACGACGAAACACGAAAUCGGGUUCAAUAAUAUGCGAUUUUGGUGCACCGCGACUCAUCACGUCAACAGCAGUCAACGAUCAUCCAUCUGCUGCUAACACUUGUAGUGCAGUUGCAACUGGAGGAGUCGCAUCAUCCAAACGUAAAUCGUCGUCGACAUCAUCAAAAAGUACUAAUGAACAACAUUCAAAUUCAAUGAGUUUUUAUGAUACAACCACGUCCACCGGCAGUACAUCUAACUCACAGACACCGUCGACAAUCAAUGAAGAACGUUCACCUCAAAGUGUGUGCACGGAGAGCAGAUCUCAGCCAAGCACUCCACAACAAUCGCUAAUGUUCACGCCAACAUCAUCAGUGGUUUCCAAUCAACGAUUCUCACAUAUUCCCGUUCUUAAAAGUGAUCGACUGCAAUGA